AUGACGAUGAGUUCUCCGUACUUCACUCAAAGCAGGUCCGUUACCACCCGGAGUGGCAGCGGUCAACGUUCAGGCAGCACACCUGCCGCCUCUCUUAGAUCCAAACUAACUGGCAGACAGAUGGACGUGAACGCGGCUCCCUCGGUGGCAGUGAAGGUGGAGGUGGAGGAGGUGAAGGUGUCAGAACAAAAGGAACCCUUCACUGCCCCUUCAUUAAGCGCUGAUUGUCAUAAACUGCUUCAGCCGUCCACUGUGCAGCCAAAAGCAGAACCGGAAGCUUCCUCGCAGUACCCAUCCAGACGUAGGAGGAGACAGGUUCAGCUGGAGUAUGAGAAAGAGGAUGUUGCUUCUGGGGUAAAGAGGGAGGAAUGGGAACCUCCAGACUGGAAGAAGCAGUUAGAUUUUAUUCGUAACAUGAGGAGCGGUCGCAGUGCUCCUGUGGACAACUUGGGUGCAGAGAAAUGCUACGAUGCAGAAGCCCCCGCACAUGUAAGACGUUUCCAAGUGUUGGUGUCCCUCAUGCUGUCCAGUCAAACAAAAGAUCAAGUGACAGCAGCCGCUAUGCAGAAGCUCCGAGCACAUGGCUGCACUGUGGAGAAUGUCCUCAACACUGAUGAUAAAAAGCUGGGAGAACUCAUUUAUCCUGUUGGUUUCUGGAGGAGUAAGGUGAGAUACCUGAAGCAAACAUCAGCCAUGCUGCAGGAAGAGUUUGGAGGAGAUAUCCCAAAUACUGUGGAGGGGCUGGUCCGCCUGGCCGGAGUUGGGCCUAAAAUGGCUCACUUGGCAAUGGACAUUGCCUGGAACCAAGUAUCUGGAAUCGGUGUGGACACCCACGUGCAUCGGAUCUCUAACAGGCUGGGCUGGCUCAAGAAACCAACCAAGAAUCCAGAAGACACGCGUAAGGCCCUGGAGGACUGGUUGCCCAGGGAGCUGUGGAGCGAGAUCAACUGGCUACUUGUGGGUUUCGGACAGCAGGUUUGUCUUCCUGUCAGCCCCCUCUGCUCCGUGUGUCUGAACCAGUACAGCUGUCCGUCCGCUCACAAGAGUUCUCCUGCAAAGAAGCCCAAAACUGGAUCACCGCACUCUCCAGGUCCAAGAAUCAAAACUGAACCUGGACAGGACGGAGCUGUUGAGACACUAAACAAGAAAAUAGUUUCCGCCACCAGACGAAGAAGGCAAACAAACAAAAAUCAGACUUAA